UAGUGUUAUCAACCAAGGUUCAGUCAGGUUCUAACACAGUGUUGGUUAUUGAAGAGAUAACAAACUCCAGGCUUCUAAAGUUAAUAUUCAAUUUGGGACGAUGAACUAUGUACAGAUUAAAAUAUUCUCUUGCUCUCACACACAAAUAACUAUACAUCAUACCAGCACACUGACCCCUCCCUUGGUCAUAGUCUUAUAGGAGCUUGACUCCUGCGCCACCUAACAUUAUGCCUACUGUAUACCCAACUGCUGCUAUAACGAACGUCUACCCAGCUAAGCAAAUGGCUGUUGAAAUGUGGCACACCUCCGGAAACAAAUCUGUUUGACUGCCCACUGAGUGAGCCAGACACCCGAAUAUAUAGCUGAGAUUACGCCCCAGGCAUGCUCGUGCGAAUCUGUUUAUAAACACCUGGAACUGGAUCUGCGACAAUGACAGGGUCAACCAGACAUGACCUAACGACGUCACAAUCCCCUCGAUCGUCGUCGAGCUGACUGGUAUAUUUCUGGUCCUGAAAUGACAUUUGUCUCGAAGGACACUUCUGGUAAUGGCACAUUUAUACCCUGAAGAUGACUAUCCUAUCGAACAAGCAAUUGAUAAAGGAACUAGAUCUCAGCCCAGAAUGAAGAGGAACGCCACAGAUAAUUCUUCAGCUGGAUAAGAUUGUAGGAAACAGCUAUGGAAUUAUCUCACUGUUCAAUAUAUGACGAAAAUUCUCGGAAUAUUAAAACUGGAUUCAAUGGGAGUUAUGAACCAACUGAUUCCAUCAUCGUUCGAACCAAAGAAAUUUAUCAGUCAUUCGAAUCUGAAAAUUCAAAUCAAGAUGGUUUUUCUGAUGGUCAAUCAGAUUCUGAGGAGUUUAGUACAGGUCCUGGUACAGAUAACUCAACUCAUAUUCAUGACCAGUCAAGCCCCUCCACAUCAUCAUCCAUGAAUGGAACAAAUGCUUUUGAUGCUAAAAGUAUUAGUGAUUCAAAUGGUGUGACAACAGAGCGAAAUACCUUUGUGGUUGAGGAAAAAAGUAAUUUAAAAAAUAAUUUAGUAUUGCAAAAAAAUUAUGAAAAUGGUAUAAUGGAUUGUGAUUAUGAAGAAGACACACCCUAUAAAGGAACAGAGGCGGAGAGUUCUUCCGGAUUGGAUGUUGAUUUAUUUAAAAGUAAAGAAAGUUUGAUCAGUUCUCACUUUUUGUACAGAAGUGAAAAUGGGGAGCCCAGUCUUAUAAGCCCAUGUACUGCUGCCCUUACAGAGAAACAGGACCUAGAUCCUACUCUAUAUGGACCAAACGGAAAUCUGGACAAUCGGUGUGAGAUCUGUAGCAAGACAUUCAGUCAACCAUAUUUACUUAAGGUCCAUUUUAGAAUUCACUCAGGUUUUAAACCCUACAAGUGUGAACUCUGUAACAAGGGAUUUGCCCAAAGUUCCGGACUGCGAUCUCAUAAACUUACACAUACCGGUGAGAAACCAUACAAAUGUGAUAUUUGUGAUAAAACCUUCACAGCAAGUGGUAGUUUAAAUAUGCACUAUCGUACCCAUAAUGGGGAGAGACCUUUUUCAUGUGAAGUUUGUGGCCGUACAUUUCGGUACCGCAGUGCCAUGAAUAAACACAUGAUGAUUCACACCGGUGACAGGCCAUAUACUUGUGAGGAUUGUGGGAAGGAUUUUAGUCGGAAAGGAAAUCUCGAGACUCACAGACGUAUUCACACAAACUCAAUGCCGUAUCAAUGUGACGUUUGUAAAAAGAAAUUUAAUCAAAUGAGCAACCUACGAACACAUCAGGUGACGCAUUCCCUUGUCAAGCCUUACAAGUGUGAUCUAUGUGGCUCCGAGUUCUUCACCAAGUUUAACAUGCAAAGACAUAUUGUAAUACAGCAUAUAAAAAAGAAGAGAACUUAAUGGAGAUGCGAUGAACAUGUAUUAUACAUUGUAUUCAAUUAUCUUCCCAUAAUUAUAAACCCACCAUGUAUUCAUGUUUAUUACAGUUUAAAAUAGAUAUUUCUUUGUUGUACAAUUCCAAUCAGCCCACCUCCAAAUCUAUGUCAAAGUUUACAUAUAUUUAUGAUCCCCGAUAAAAUUGUUAAUUGGUUCUAGCAAAAGUUAAGAUGUCAGGCUUAAAAAAAUGAUACAUGUGUUUCUGCUAUAACAUGUCAGAAAAAAAUAGGGAAGGUAGAUGGGGAAAUAUUUUUUUAUUUUUUAAUUAGUUUUUAAUAAGAUUGUAUCUAUGGACAAGGAUUUCUUGAAAAUGGUCAAAAAAACUUAGACUUCUUUAGAGUAGGCACAAAAAAAUAUAAUUAACACAGGUAAUUUUGCUAAGGUCUCAUAAAUGAUUUUAAAUAUAAAUAUAUAUAUAUAUAUAUAUAUAUGUAGCGGAACUGGACUGGGUCGACCAUUGGCGACC